UCUGGGAAGCUGCGCAGCGCUGCGACCUCGCGUUUUCCGCGACCGUGGAGAGAGGGGCGUCGGCGAAGCGCCUUGUCCCGGAACAUUACAUGCUAAGAUGGCAUCUGUCCGUGAUGGGGGAACAGCCAGCUCCUGGAACACUUCAUUGCUCCCAGACCUACCCAGUGGACCGCUGGAUGCCUACCGGAAGAAAGCAUCCUUCAGCUGGAAAGAGAUGGCACUCUUUGUAGAGGAAGAAGAUCUCCUGCGUUUUAAAAACAGAAUAUUCUCAGCUCUUGAAAAUGACCCUCUCUUUGCUCGUCACACUGGAGAAGAAUUACCUCUUGAGAAAUACCGUGAACUAACCUUCCUCCGCUGUAGGAAACUCUUUGAAUAUGAUUUUCUACGACUAGAAGACAUAAUUGAGAAACCAUUGAGAAUUGUAGCGCUGAUUACUUGCCUGGGGAUGUAUGACUGGUCUCUAGGAGCCAAAUAUCUGCUAAAUUCCCAGGUGUUCAAAAGUACAAUUGAGAGUGCAGGCUCUGAAAGACAUGAAGAAUUUAUUAAAGAUAAUACAAAUAUGAAGAACUUUGGAUGUUUUGCUCUGACUGAAUUAAGCCAUGGCAGCAAUACCAAGAACAUGCGAACUACUGCUAGAUAUGACCCGACUACACAAGAAUUCAUUAUUCACUCACCGGAUUUUGAAGCAGCCAAGUUCUGGGUUGGCAACAUGGGGAAGAAUGCGACUCAUGCAGUUGUCUACGCACAGCUAUACACUCCGGAUGGACAGUGCCAUGGAUUGCAUUCCUUUGUCGUCCAGAUCCGAGAUCCGAAAACACUUCUUCCCAUGCCAGGGGUGCUGGUUGGUGAUAUAGGUAGAAAACUUGGGCAGAAUGGAUUAGAUAAUGGCUUUGCAAUGUUUCACAAUGUCAGGAUACCCAAAAGGAACUUGCUGAACCGAACUGGAGACAUCACAGCUGAGGGAGCGUAUGCGAGUGCCUUCAAGGAUCGCAAGCAGCGUUUAGGAGCUUCUCUUGGUGCCUUGUCCAAUGGAAGAGUCAUGAUUAUAUCCAUGUCUGUGGUCAAUUUGAAGCUCGCCAUAUCAAUAGCAAUUCGCUUCUCAGCUACCCGGCGCCAAUUUGGACCAACAGAUGAUGAAGAGAUACCCGUUCUUGAAUACCAAAUGCAGCAAUGGCGCUUGCUGCCGUAUUUAGCAGCCACCUAUGUCUUAGACCAUUUCUCCAAAAUGUUGUUCAUAAACUCCAUAGAAUUCCACAUAGGUCUCCUCAUGAAGGACAAAAGUCCACAGCAGGCGGAACUUGGGCGUGAAAUCCAUGCUUUAUCUACUUCGGGGAAACCGCUGGCCUCCUGGCUGACUCAACAAGGAACUCAGGAAUGCAGAGAAGCUUGUGGAGGACAUGGCUAUCUGGCCAUGAAUCGGCUGGGUGAUAUCCGUAACGACAACGACCCAAAUUGCACCUAUGAAGGAGACAAUAAUGUUCUGCUACAGCAAACUAGCAACUACUUACUGGGCUGGAUGAACAACAAACACCAAGACAAAGGUCCUAUUGCUUCGCCAUUGGGAUCGGUAGAUUUUUUGGAAGACUGUGAUCAUAUUCUCCGCCAGAAGUUCACAGUGUCAAAUGUUCAAGAUUGCAUGGAUUCUUCCGUACCUCUGAGAGGAUACAAGUGGCUGGUUUGUUACUUGCUCCAAGAGAGUUUCCAGAAGCUGAGAAACCAAGAAAAAAGUGGUUGUGGUGAAUUUGAGGCAAGGAACAACAGUCAGGUGUACUAUUGUCGUUCUUUAGCUAUAGCUUUUAUUGAGCACACUGUUUUGCAAAGAUAUCAUGACUACGUUCACAGUUCCAACACACCAGCAAGCCUCCAGCCGGUACUGAAGAAUAUAUGUUCGCUGUAUGGAUUAUGGUCUUUAAAUAAGCACAUGGCAGUACUCUACCAAGGUGGCUACACGUCGGGUGCGAAUGCUGGCAGAUUUGUGCAAGAUGCAAUUCUAGAGCUGUGCUCAAAGCUGAAGCAAGAGGCUGUGGCUUUGGUCGAUGUGAUUGCUCCUCCAGACUUCAUUCUCAACUCGCCAAUUGGCAGGGCUGAUGGAGAGCUGUAUAAAAACCUGUGGAGCACCGUUCUUCAAGGCAAUAAGGUGUUGGAGAGGCCAUCCUGGUGGUCGGAAUUUUGUACUAAUAAACCUGUUGUAGGUAGGCUAAGAUCAAGGAUGUAAACGGUAUAUUGGAGAGGCCCAGCAAGGGCGUGGAUAAUAAAUCGUAAUCUGAAAUUAUUAGUUAAAGGAUCAUGUUGAAGAAGGUAAUUUUUUGUGAAGGAAAGGCCUUUGAAAUAGGAUUUCAGCCCAUUUCCCAGACUACUGGCACAAUGAGGGACAGUGCAGCCCAGUUUACACCGUUCCCACUUGUGUCAGUGGGUCAGGACUUGCGGAAAUGAAGUCACUUU